AUGGCUUCCCCAAACACUUCUACAAUAAAUAUCCCCCCCUCCCCCACCAAAGUCCAAGUCUCCAUAAUCGACACAACCCUCGACGCCCAAUUCCCAACAGCCCCCUUAAUGGGCCCUCCCAUCGCGGGCUUCGAAACCUUCCAACUAAUAGGCUAUGCAUUCCUGGUCACGCACAAAGACCCCGCCACGGGCAAAGAGCGCAGAAUCGUGUUUGACCUCGGUAGUCCCAAAGAUCCGGAGAGGGAUUUUCCUCCAAGUACAAACAGGAUUAUUAAGAAUUUUGGGGGAUAUGUGAAUAUUGAGAAGAAUGUUUCGGAGAUUUUGGUUGAGGGGGGUGUGGAGUUGGGGAGUGUGGAGGCUGUUGUUUGGAGUCAUGCGCAUUUCGACCAUGUUGGUCGUCCUUCUCUGUUCCCAGCAUCGACAUCCCUCCUUGUCGGGCCGGGGGUCAAAACGUCUUACUUUCCCGGUUACCCAGUAAACCAGGCCUCUCCGGUUCUGUCUCGUGAGUUCGAAGGCCGCGAAGUGCAGGAACUAGACUUCAGCACUCGAGGCCUUGAAAUCGGCACACUCAAAGCCAUAGAUUACUUCGGAGAUGGGAGCUUCUAUCUCCUCUCCGCACCAGGACAUGCAAUAGGCCAUGUGAAUGCCCUAGCGCGCACAACCGAAGACAGCUUCAUCUAUUUCGCGGGCGAUUCAUUCCACCACGUAUCUGAGUUACGGCCUCACGAUGGCAAUAGUGCUUCUCUCCCAUCCUCCCUGAAAUUACCAGGAUUCAGCUGUCCCUGCUCAACAUUCCACACAGUCCACCCUCUCAACGACCGCUCCAAAAUCCCCGAUCACUACCAUAAACACUAUGACCAAGUCCCCAACGAUCCCAACAAAGUCCCCUUCCACACCAUAUCCGAGACUAAAUCUGGAGAAACUAUGGCCGUGGAUCUUAACGCGGCGCGGGCAACAGUUGAAGCUGUGCAGAAGUUCGAUUCCGAUCCGAGGGUUUUUGUGAUUGCGGCGCAUGAUACGACUUUGUAUGAUAUUCUUGAGUAUUUUCCGAAAUCUGCUAAUGAUUGGAGGGAGAGGGGGUGGAAGGGGAAGGGGUACUGGUUGUUUUUGAGGGAUUUAGGGAGGGCUGUUGAGGUUGCUGGGGGCUGA